GGGCUCGUCAACCUCGGCAACACGUGCUUCCUCAACGCGACGAUCCAGUGCCUCGCGCACGCGCCCGGCGUGGCGCAGACCCUGGGCGACGAGUCGCUGCACGCGCAAGCGCAGAAGCCCGACGUCGCGGUGGCGUUGCGCGACGCGCUCGGCGGCGUCUUCGGCGCGUCGCGCACGUUCAAGCCGAGGGAGCUCGUGAAGCGCCUCCGGGCCGUUGGGGACCAGUUCCAGCCGGGCCGCCAGGAGGACGCCCACGAGUUCCUGCUGGCGCUCCUCGACGCCGUGGAGCCGCCCUUGUCGUCGACGGCGAACCCCGUGCGCGCGGUCUUCGGCGGCCGCACGUCGUCGACGCUCCGCUGCCCCGAGUGCGACUACGAGAGUGCUACCGAGGAGCCCUUCCUCGACCUGAGCCUCGAGCCAAAGCCGACGCUCGCCCGGGCGUUGGACGCGUUCACCGCGCCCGAGGAGCUCGAGAACGACGAGUGGUGCUGCCGCUGCUGCGGGGAGCGCGUGCGCCCGACGAAGCGCCUCGGCGUCGCCGCGGCGCCCAAGGCCCUGGUGGUGCACCUGAAUCGCUACGACGGGCGGGGUGGCAAGAUCGAGGAGCACGUCGCCUUCGAACCGCGCCUCGAGCUCGAGACGACGGACGGCGGCGCCGCGAGCUACGGCCUCGUCGGCGUCCUCGUCCACCGCGGCCAGUCGACGCGCUGCGGCCACUACACGGCCUUUUGCAGGACGCGGUCGGGGGCCUGGUCGUGCUUCGACGACGCCGCGGUCCGCACGUGCACGUUCGCCGAGGUGCUCCGCCAGGAGGCCUACAUGCUCUUCUAC